CAGCGAGGACCCGCCUUUUCCGUUGCCUAUCAGCGGUGUUUUCGGAGUGAGCGUGUGCGAGUGUUUCUGAGCUGGCUGCUGGUCUCCCACUUUCUCUCUGCCUUCACUGAGAACUGGAAACAUGCUCUCCUUCGCUGCAAGACAACUCACGCGGCCCCUGUGCCAAAGAGUCCCACUUCGGCUCAGCUUACGUGGGCAACAGUCCCAUGCUGCCACCCAUUCAACAAAUGAGGACCGUCCAUGGACAGGCCAGGAGAGCUUGGCCCAGGACGACCCAGAGAUGUGGACUCUGCUGCAGAAGGAGAAAGACAGACAGUGCCGUGGUCUAGAGCUCAUUGCCUCUGAGAAUUUCUGCAGUCGAGCGGCCCUGGAAGCUCAAGGCUCCUGUCUGAACAACAAAUAUUCUGAAGGCUACCCAGGUAGAAGAUACUACGGUGGAGCAGAGGUGGUCGACCAGAUUGAGCUCCUUUGUCAGAGACGAGCUCUGGAGGCCUUCAAGCUGGACCCAGAAGAGUGGGGUGUGAAUGUCCAGCCUUAUUCUGGCUCACCUGCGAACUUUGCCGCAUACACUGCAGUGUUGAACCCACAUGACCGCAUCAUGGGCCUGGACCUGCCUGAUGGAGGACAUCUGACACAUGGCUACAUGUCUGACGUAAAAAGGAUCUCAGCGACCUCAAUCUAUUUUGAGUCCAUGCCCUACAAACUAAGUCCUGCAACAGGACUCAUAGAUUACGACCAGAUGGAGUUGACGGCCAAGCUGUUCCGGCCCAGGCUCAUCAUCGCUGGCACCAGUGCAUAUGCCCGCCUCAUUGACUACGCCCGUAUCAAGAAGUUGUGCACUGACAUCAACGCGUACAUGCUUGCAGACAUGGCUCAUAUCAGUGGGCUGGUGGCAGCCGGUGCCGUCUCCUCUCCCUUUGAACAUGCUGACAUGGUCACCUCCACCACUCACAAAUCCCUGCGCGGAGCCAGGGCUGGCCUCAUCUUCUACCGUAAAGGUGUUCGCUCAGUGGACAAGAAGGGGAAGCAGAUCAUGUACGACCUUGAGGACAGGGUCAACUUCUCUGUGUUUCCCUCGCUGCAGGGUGGACCGCAUAACCACGCCAUCGCUGGUGUGGCUGUGGCGCUCAGACAGGCCAAUUCGCCCAUGUUUAAGGAGUACAUCGACCAAGUGCUGAAGAACUCCAAGGCUAUGGCUGCAGCUCUGCUUAGCAAAGGCUACACACUGGUGUCAGGGGGAACCGACAACCACCUGGUCCUCGUAGACCUACGGCCUAAGGGCAUUGACGGAGCUCGGGCCGAAAGGGUGCUGGAGCUGGUGUCCAUCACUGCCAAUAAGAACACCUGCCCUGGGGACAAGAGCGCCCUGACUCCUGGUGGCCUCAGGCUAGGUGCUCCUGCCCUGACCUCCAGACAGUUCAAAGAGGCGGACUUCGUGCGGGUCGUGGAGUUCAUGGACGAGGGAUUCAAGAUUGCGUUGGAUGUCAAGAAGAAGACAGGAAAACUCCAGGACUUCAAGAAUUUCCUCCUUCAGGACCAAGAAACUGUGGCUCGCAUCGCAGAGCUGCGUCAGCGCGUCGAAGCGUUCGCCAGACCCUUCCCCAUGCCAGGCUUCCUCGAUCAUUGAACCAGUCGGUCUGUAUGAACUCGCACUUCUCUGAGGCCAGGGAUAUGGACUCUGGCUGAGGAGAAAUGUGUACAGAGAGAAGGAACAGUUAUUGAGGUUCUUAAAUGUGGUUGGUGCUGUGAAAGUACCUGACCAGAUCUGAGACAAUUUUUUUACACAUCAGUCAUCACUCAGUUUAUUCUUGCUACAUGGCCCUUACUUCCUAGUUUAAAACAAACAAUUACAGAGGGCUUUUUUCAACUUCUUUUUAUCGAAUGUGUGGGGAAAAUGGGAGGCUCAGUGAAAUGUAUUCCAUUAGAUGUCAUAGAUGAUGCUAAAAAGUCUUAAUAUGUUAAAGUGACAAAAGUAACUUAAGUGUGAUUACGUCACCGUCGCAUGCUGUGUUCGGUUACGACACCUGUGAAACCAGAUGCACACGACGGGGAGAUUUAUUCUUUUAAACAGCAUCGUUCUAAUUAUUUAUUCUGUUUCCGGUAUAAAAUGUUCUACAAUACUCAACAAAAAUCACCAACUGAAGGUUGGCUGUUUAUAACGUUCAUUUUAAAAAUAAUUAUCUAAGUUCAAUCAACACACUUCCUGACUCCGACUAACUGUGAUUCCUGAUCAGAUUUACACUGAUAAUUCUGCUUCACAUUAUAUCACUUUUGGUUUACAAGUAUAUAAAACAGCUGCUGUGAUUAUGAGAGUACUUUAGUAGUAUUUGUUGUUUUGUUUUUUUAAAUUUAAUUUCCAAUCAGUCUGUGAAAUGUCAGAAUGAUUAGGUUUUAACCCAGUUGAUUUAACACUAUUUCAAUCUACAUACCUAAGUAUGUUGAUUUUGUUUUAAUGAUUCAAGUCAGACUUAAUGACUUAAUCAUGACAGGUAUUCAAUUAUAACAAGUGUUAAACCGUUUUUUAAUUUUUUUUAAUUACCUCAUAAUUUCAGAUCCCAGUUUACCGUGGCCAUAGCUAGUAUUUAUAGAGCUCUAUAAUCUAAAUGAUCUAGAGGAGAGUGAUGGGCGGAGCUGUAUCUUUGUCUUAAGUGUCAUUGUGUGUGGUUUGAUUAGAAAAAAAAAACAUUUUUACUCACGGUACUUUGUUGUCUCUGGUUCACAGGUCGGUGCUGCUGUCAUUAUCACUGCAUCAGUGAGAAAACACGUUUUCUAUCUGUGAAAUAACAGCAUAAUUGAGAAAACACAAUAUGAAAGUUGGGUUUUGUUUUUUACUUUGCACAAAAAAAAAUAACUCUACUUUUUAAAGAAGUAAACCGAACGAAACAGUCAUCCAAUUACCUGGAUUUGUUUUAGACAGCAGGUGAAUUAGACUUUGCCAUAAUACACCAACUGGUAUUUUAGCAGUAUUUAUAAAUGGAAUAUAUUUUUUUUCAUCUCAUGUUGCCAUCUGUUUUCAAAAAGAGAAAAAAGCAAUUUAUAUGAAAAUUUUAUGGUAAAACCCAAAUGCUAAUAAAAUAAUG